GCACUUGACUAACUGCUUGAGUAUUUAGCGGUGAAGAUGGAUGAAUACGCGAGUAUGUGUGAGAAAGAGUCUGCGGAAGUUGAUUAUUCUGAAGUAUUUAUAGAGCCUGCAAUUAUAAUGUAAAAUUCAUGACUUAGUUGCUAAGGAGACUGUGCAAUGCCAAAAUGGAAGUGUAUGCCAAAGUUAAGGAAAUAUAUUGACAAUACAUGUACAAAUUGAUAGUCCAAUCAAGAAUGCGUUUAAAAUUAGCCAAGUCCUUGCUGAUAGUUAUACUCUUAGGCAAUGUUAUCAUAUGGUAUAAGAUAUGGAGAAUUUUUGCAGUCAAUCAGUCCCAAACCUUGUCCGAAGCUGGUUCAUCGUCAGAAAUACCACAAAAACUGCAUCGAAGACUUGCUCGCUUGGUCACUGUUGUUAUACGCCAAUUUGAAAGUUUUGAGAAUGAUGUGGCUACCACAGUGAGAUUUAUUCUGAAUUCAUUUCCUACUAUGACAAUAGUUAUUGUUUGUGAUGAGUUUUUGUAUCCACCAUUGGAAUUGGAUUUCAAUAAUGAGAGUAUGAGGAAUGUGCAUCUUGUGAAUUUGCAGCCAAACUUCAAUAGGUCUAUCGAUGAAAGAGAUCCUUUGUCUUAUGUCCACACUAAGUAUGUUGCAUUCUUACCUGAUGCUACGAGAUUGAUUACUAAGCAGACUCUACAGGAGACAGUCAAUCAGGCAGCAAAGUUAGGAAUUGUUGCUGUUCCAGUUGGAAAGAAUUCACUCAAUUGUUUAAAUAUUAAGCUCAAGAUUAAGGAAUGGAGUGUACAGUUCACAAAGGCAUCUGGUCCAGAGUGUGAUUCGGUUGUUGGAAAGCAUGUCACAAUUGCAGAUGCCAAGUUGCUCAAAAGAUUAUCAGAUCCAUUCAUGAUGCCAUUUAUAGAUGCCUUAUAUCUUCAGACAACAGCACUUGGAAUUAAGGUACAUAUUCUCAAAAACCUUCGUUUCAACGAGGGAAAGCCGUUGUAUUGCAGCACACAGGCACAAUGGAAACUGCAGCAGAUCCAUCGAAACAGAGAGCGCGGAAUGUUUAAUAAACUAGGCAUCAAGAAAGUUACCCGAACGACAAGCAACACGGAAUGGUUUGGCUGUACCAGAGAGAGCUCGCAUUGCUUUGGUUCAGUAGUGAACGGAAUUCCGUCAUAUUUAUAUCAGAAUCGUUUUACUCCACCGUGUUGUCUCGCUGGUUUGCGUAAGGUUGCACAUCACGUUUUCGAUAAACUCGAAGAAGUCGGUAUACGAUAUUGGCUCGAAGGUGGUUCGUUACUUGGAGCAAUGCGAAAUGGAGAUAUUCUUCCAUGGGAUCAUGAGAUUGUCAUUGGUAUUAAUAGAGAUGACUUAAAUAGAUCUCCAUGGAUUGUCAAAGCGAAGAAUAAGGCGGUAGUUGACAGUCAUGGUUUCGUCUGGGAGAAAGCUACCGAAGGAGAAUUUUUCAAAAUUCAAUACUCAAAGGUCAAUCGAUUGCAUGUGAAUUUACUACCGUUCUAUGCAAAGAAUGGCACGAUGACAAGGGACUCGUGGUUUCUUAAAAAUAAAGACUUUCCCGAGCAAUUUUUGCAUCCAAUGUCGAGCAUCGAUUUCGCUGGCCGACAAGUGCCAAGUCCUAAUAAUAUUAGGGACUUUUUAGAAAUUAAGUAUUAUAAGGGAGUCAUUGAGAAUCCCGAGGUACCCGGGAAGCUUUCUUUAAAUUGAUGGCAAUAGUUUCA